AUGUUGAAGGACUUGACGCUCUCGAAUUUCGAUCUCGUUUGGUUUUACUGGCACAUCUUUUCGGCAUCGCGUCCUGAUCAAGACCAGGUGUUGUUAGCAGCUCGCUGUAUGGGGCUAAAGUAA